GGGCAUGAGCACGCUGGGAUGACGUUGAAUUAAAGGGGCGGAGCUUGUGCCUGGCAUAGGGUCCUGCUGGUGCUCUAUUAGCGACAUAACCCGGUCGGUGAAGCAGCAGCGGCGACUCAUCACUCCGUGAGCACAGACCACUAGAACAGAGCAGCUGAACAGGCACCCUUUUUCGUCCAUAAACCGGCCAUCAGCACGUUGAUUCAAGAUGAAGAUUGACACCAGCCUGACUUUGCGCCAGCUGCCAGAGACCAUGUCCCAGGCAGACUUACAAUUCACCGUGGCAACGGAGGAGGACUUCGAUGACAUUAUGGCAAUGAGCCAAGACAUCUAUGGAGGCCUUGACUACUUGCCCACCAGAUACACCAGCUGGCUGCAGGAUACCAACCGUAUUGUCAUAUUGGCACGCAAAGAGGACAAAGUGAUUGCCCUGGAGUCGGUGUGUAUGAUAGAUGAUGGCGAGACAAUGCUGGUGGAAGGUCUCCGCGUUGCUCCACAGGAAAGGGGCAAAGGCGUAGCAGGGGUACUGCUGCGUUUUUGCUCUGAGCUUGUCAAGUCCAAAUACCCAGAGGUUAAGGUGUGCCGUCUCACCCGCGAUGAUCGACUCGGACCAAAGGAUUUUGAGAAGUAUCGCCUCAUAACCAAGCAGGGCAUUCUGCUUGUGCGUUUCAAGGCUGAAGACGUCAAAUCCCAACUGUCCGUGCUUAAUAAGGGUAAAGAAAUCCAGUCCUCUUCGUCUACCUCCUCCUCCUCCUCCUCCUCCUCCAAAUGUCCUCCAGUGCGUCUUGAUCACACAGCAGUCCACCAGCUGUAUCUGACCACUGACCUCAUGCAAGGUGUCCUGCCCAACUUGACCAUCAUUCAAGACUGGCAGCCAUUUAAGCCAGUGCCCACUACCAUGGCCACCCUGCUGAAGAAGGACAUUGACUGGAUGGUGGAUGAUGUGUCCAAACCCGCUGUGGCCAGCCUCUGCACCUUCCCUUACAGAGUGCCCGUAGGAAAAGACUGGUAUUAUCUGAACAUUGAUAUGUAUGGGAAAGAUCUGGACCUGGUCAAGGAGCAGUUUCUGUGCCACCUGGAGCGCCACACCGACACCCUGGAGGGUCACGUGAUGUGCCAGAUGUUCCUGGACCCGCUGCUCUGGAAGCCCAUGGCAGAAUACUGCCAAAACACCCUGAGUGUGGAGCUGGUGAAAGAAUACACCGAGCAGUGUGUUGUGGAGUCUGAUGUCAUCUAAACAUCAGAGGAGUACGUGAAGUGGCGUCGACCACAGAGAAGAAACCAGACUGAAAAAAAAAAGUAUGACAAAAUCAUGAAACACAAGCAACACAAACUAAACAUUUUCCAGUGCAAUAAUGUCCAAAUUAGAAUCCUAAUCCACUUGACUUAGUCUGAUUUUAAAUGUUUAUUAGAACGAUUCAGGUUUUUAAUGAUAAUGUUAUGUUUUCGCAUUAUGUUUAUUUGAGUAAAAUAUAAACGGAUAAUUUCGCCGAGGCUGGAGAACCUUCCGAAACCCUGAUGCCAGACAGCAUGCAAAUGUGAAAAACCUUUUAGUGACGAUACUAAAGGUCUCUCAAAAUCGUUGAUAUCCGGUGUUACACUCAACGUGGUGUACACAUCUGUUUGCUAAAUCUGCAUACCUGUGCGGGCACUUUAUUGAAACGAAACACCCAGGCUGUGUCAGAACAGUUACGGAAGUUGAAGAUUCACGAUCAAAUAGGGACCAUUUACAAAGGCCACCACUCAGUGAUGAUGAGACCAUCUGUAAAUCUUUAGAAACUUUAGCCUCAGAGAAUGUCACUAACAAUAAUUUUAGCUUUUUUGUAAAAUAAACUAGAUUAUCCUUCCUUGUGUCCUAGUGCUGUCACUUUUCCCGUAACAGUCUAAUGAGCAGUGACGUCAUAAAAGAGCACCAUAUUUGAGGUUCACUUAAACCCGAAUCUUAAAAUAUCAUGCUUUCUAGAUACUUUGGAGACACACGUAUCAUCCUGAAGGACUGUUUUUUUUGUUUUGUUUUUUGCCAUUAGUUCAAUAACAUAGCAUCACUGAUGUCUUUACUCCUUUGCCUGGAGGCUAUCAACACUUAGCAUGUUCUUUUUCGCGUUUAUGUGAUAACUACUUUAGAGAGUCUUAAGUGUACUCAAGUUAGGUCAAACACUAAAAUAUGUCUAAGAGUUUGUCAUUUCAUAUUAUAUUUUAUAAUAAUUAUUAAGUACUCAUUUAUUAGUUCUGUGUUCUUGCGAUAUAUUAACGCUUUACUCACGACAUUGUUAUUUGAAAUCCUCAUAUUCUGCUGUAGAAGUACAGCACUAAAGCCGACCUUUGUUAUCCUAAUGCUCAUUACACAUAAGUACACACAAGUACAAGCAGUCAUAAGGGGCGCAUUGAGAAUGACAAAAAAGGUUGAAGUCAUAGUAUGUAUGAGAAUGAAGUCGUGGCGUUUUGAAAAGAAAUCAUGAAGUCAUGAGAAAAAAAGUAACAAUAUAUGAAAUCUUAUUUUUAAAAAAGGCCGAGAAAUGUGUACGAUCAGAGAAAAAAAGUUAUUAGUUUAAGUACAUAAAGCAUUUAAAACAUUAAAGCAGUACUUUCAAAUAGGCGGCAUUACCGCUGCUGUAAUGCUUGAAUGAUAACGAGCCUCCAGUCACUAGGUGGCAGCAACUCCUACAGUGGUUUGUACAGAUAAAAAUAUACAUGUUAUUAGGUUCUCAAUUUCAAUUUCAAUUUGCGGGGUGUGUGUGCGGUGGUUGGGGACACGUGAAAACAUUUCUGUCCCCAAUGGGGGGCAUGACAGAAAAUAAUUGAGAACCACUGCAUUAAAGUCAUCCAAUAAAGCUGUAAGUUUAGAUGAUGUGUUUUGGGGGGGAAACAAGAAACAUUUGACUUUAUUCUCUCCAAGUUUUGACUUUGUUGUCGUACGUCUUUUUGCUCAUAUUGUUAGGCCUUUUUUUGCUCAUAAACGUACAACUUUGUUCUUGUAAAACUUACAACGUUAUCCUCAUAAUGUUACAACCAUUUCCUCAUAAAGCUACGCCUUUAUUAUAAAUUCAUGACUUCAUUCUCAUUAAGGCAUGACUUUAUUCUCAGUCAUUUGAGACUUUAAAGGUCAUGGUAAAUGUUUGUUUUUUUUUCCAAUCGCCACGUGGCCCUGAUACUCAACACAAAAAAAAGCAAAACGAGUUUAAAAAAUGCCAAAAGAAACGUAGUGAGUUACUUACAGUUUCACGCAGUUUUCCAAAUCCACCAGCAGAAACAUAAAGUCCAUGCGUGUGAAAUUUGAAUUUUAUCACUUAUGACCUUUUCGCAUGCUUCGUCUAAAGUCCUGCUCAGGCAAGGACAGCCAAAAAAAAAAAAAAAAUGAAUUAGUGCAUCUCAACUUUUUAUGCAAAGAGCUAUAUUUUAAAAAAUAACAAACGGACCUUAUUAAAUCAGACAACACUUUUGUCUAUUGUCAAGGUGUUCAAAUGCAAUUUCCUUUUCUCAUGGAUUGUUAAAGCAACCCCUUUCAACACAUGCUGUUUAUAUAUGGUUGGUGAAUAAUUUUAAUUUUGUAUAGUGUAUGCAUUAUUAAUAAAACUUGCACUAAAAGACUAAGAUUUUUUUUAAAAGUCAAAGAAUCUUUGGUCACUGUGAGAUCUAGCCCUUGGUUCCCACCCUGUGUCUAAAAAUAACUAAUCUGGGCAAAAGUAAUACGAUUGUGUACUAGACCAAUUUUCUUAGUAUAGAUCAGGCAUGGGCAAACUGUUCAGAGUUUUAAUCCGGCCCGUCAAGCUUUUCCAAAUUUAU